UUCCGAUUGAUUCAUUUUCAGGCGUUAAAUGUCAGAUAAAUUUUUAUUGGGAGUAAUUGAAGGCUUCUAUGGGAAGCCAUGGACGUUCGAGCAGCGUAAAAGAUUGUUCAAUAGGGAAAAAGAUUUUGGCUUCAAGUAUUUCAUGUAUGCCCCUAAAGAUGAAGCAAAGCAUAGACGGUUGUGGCGCGAGCUGCAUGACGAAAUUGAAAUCUUUUACCUCAAAGAACUCAUUAGCGCUGCCUCGGCACAAAAUAUUGCCUUUGUAUACGCUAUUUCUCCCGGCCUGGAUAUGAUUUAUAGUUCGGAUCAAGAAAUUGAAUUAUUGGAACAAAAGUUGAAACAAGUUUAUGACAUUGGAUGCAGAGACUUUGCCUUGCUGUUCGAUGAUAUUGAUACUCAUUUCCAUUGUUCCUUAGAUCAUAAGCAGUUCACUUCGUUGGCUAAGGCACAAGUGCAUGUGUCAAAUGCAAUGUACAAAAAAUUUGGCACUGAUUGUCAUUUAAUGUUCUGUCCGACAGAAUACUGCACGAGUAGAGCUUUUCCAACUCUGGAGGAAAGCGAGUACCUGCAAACUGUUGGUUCAGACCUAAACGAGGCCUUUCACGUUCUGUGGACCGGUGAUAGAGUAAUCUCGGAUGAGCUUUUAGCCAAGCAUAUCAAGCCUGUUCGAAAGAUACUUAAACGGAAACCCUUAAUUUGGGAAAAUUUAAAUGCAAAUGAUUACGAUCCUAGAAGAGUGUUUCUAGGACCGUAUCUCGGAAGAGACGCUGAACUGAUUGAUGAAGUUUCUGGAAUACUUACAAACCCGAAUAAUCAAUUUGAACUGAAUUACAUUCCAUUUCUUUCGCUGAGCUUGUGGUUCAAUAAAUCAUUUGAAAAAGCAGAAAUUGACAGCAAUCAAAUCACCAGAAGUUGUGCUGAAAAAUGGGCAGUUGAAGUUUGCCGACAACUGCCUUGCGAAGAAAAACUAGUUUCUCAAAUUGCAGUUGCGGCCCAAGAAAACUCAGAUGCUGGAACGGAGGUUGAAAUGGACUUCGAAAUAGAUGGAACCUACACUAUAACCCCAGAGGAAAUUGAACUGAUUCUCAGUUUCAAUUAUCUUCCACACAAGGCUGGUCCAAUAGCUGAGAAGAUAUUUGAGGAGGCCAAGUCUCUAGUUGAAACUAGCAGCGGUAAAGCUGAGAGUGAUUGGACUGAAAGAGGUCACAAGCUGAUAGAAGAGGCGAGAAGUGUGAUAGAUGCGAUUGACAAACUGCUGGAUUGUCCUAAUCGCCAGGUGGCGUUCGAGAUCUAUCCAAUGCUAAGCGAGACCAGGACUAUAAUGGACAUGCUGAUUCGUCACUUCAAUUGGCUUCUUGGCGAGGCAUGUCCAAUGUCCGAAGAGAAACGACUCGGGUUCUACACUCGAUUUGGAAUUAAUGGGCAAUUCAAUAGCUUGCUCACUAGCAUCAUGGAACCUGACAGUUGGUUCGGAGGAGUCAUGAUUCUGCCACUAUCUCAAAACUUCAUUCCUAAAGCGGCCAAAUUUAUGUGCACCAUGGCUGACUUCCACGACAGUGCUUUAGUGGAGACACUUUUAAAAGGAGCUGUUGAUCAGAGUCCCGUGCUGUGCUAUGUCAUGAUUAAUCAUCAGGACGAUGUCUUGGCUUUAUCUGUAGGUCAUGAAAGUACACAGAGUCUUAAAAAGGCUGUGGAAACUUUGGCAUCGUCGACAGCUCAGAAAACCGUAAUCACGGACGCUGAAAUGCCCCCUUCGACUGAUGAUAACGAUGGAAAUGUGAAUGUCGAUUCACAAAGUGAGGAUGAAGAUUCGCCUGAAAGUGAAAAUGAUUAUAUUUCGGCGUUAUCUACACUGGUCAAAAGUUUGGAUGAAAAAGAAAACAUUGAUAACGGCGAAGGUGACAUAGAACAAAAUAAAGCGUGUUGCGUAUUUGUGUUCAACUCACCGAAGUUACUUCAACAGAAAAUGCUGGAUAAUUUUCUGCUCAGUGUCAAUACAGCAGUGAAAACUUUGCCUGCAUUGAAAAAGUGCAGACUAGUCUUUGAUCUGCACUUUGCAUCGUCCACUCCUUCUCAUUUAGAUACGUUGGAAUCGAUGGGUUACGUAAAAGAAGAAGUCACGAACCGAUUCCUAGACAGGUUUACACUGUUUCUGUGCAAAUAUGCGGCCGAGCAAUCAAUGGUGGAAUAAUGAAUUUUUGGCUGAAAGUUGCGUAUUAGAUUGAUCGAUAUCAUAAUUUCACCUGUUAAAUACUUUUGAGGUUGAACAAUUGUUCAUCUGUAAGGAAAAAAUUUAAAACUGAUUUGUAACUUUCGCUAAAAAUUCAAAAUAAAUCUCAAAUAAAAUUUUGGAGGCUCUAGUAUAAUUUCAGCUGAAUUUUAA